CUCGGGGAAUGUACCUCGGUUGUACUGGGAAGUUUGCUGUGACAAUUUUUUAACUUCCACGGCUUUCUGAGAGAUGGAGAUAACCGUGUACACGUCUGUCGUCAAGUAAAAGAAAACCCGGUGGAAAAUUAACGGCAGGUUGGUGCUCUACAUCUGAACAUCUUCAUCUCAUUACUGUGGUUUAAACCGAGGCACAGGACACCACAGACCUCCAGACCUUCUGUACCAGCCUCCAGCUACGAUGUCCUAGCUAACAGCAACGCUGCCCCCUCCCCUGACAAUCCUGUCCCUUAAACUUCAGUGUCUCUCUCCAUCCGUGUCCCGCUCAUAGUCCUUCAUCUCCUCUCCUGAUGUGGUGAUUUCUGGUCCUGUUACCAGCGGCGCCCCGUCUGGCGUGAUGAGCAGCCUGCCCCAGCAGCAUCAUGGCAGCACAGGCUCAGAGCGAGACCUUCACUCUGCCGCCUCCUCUGUCAGCCUCCCUUCAGUUAGAAAGCCGCCCAAAAAGCGCCGCCUGUCCAUCCACUCACUCUUCAGUCGCCGCUGCCGGCCUGACCGCGAUCCUAAGCGCAAGUCGAGGCCUCUGCAGGCUGGGGCCGGAGUGGAUGGCAUUGUCAGCACAGAAAGCGUGCAGGCAGAGACUGUGCACGAUAAAACUUCUGCCCAGUCUGCACUGGGCGUAGCAUCAACUUCAUCAGCAUCAGGUUCGUCAUCAGAGCUGCUGGAGUGCCCUCUGUGUCUACUGCGCCAUGCACGUGAGCGCUUCCCGGACAUCAUGACCUGUCACCACCGCUCCUGUGCAGACUGCCUGCGACAGUACCUGCGCAUCGAGAUCUCAGAGUCUCGUGUCAACAUCUGCUGUCCCGAGUGCUCGGAGCGCUUCAAUCCCCACGACAUCCAGAUGAUCCUGGGGGAUCGAGCUCUCAUGGAGAAGUACGAGGAGUUCAUGCUGAGGAGGUGGCUUGUGGCUGAACCUGACUGCCGCUGGUGCCCGGCCCCCGACUGUGGUUACGCAGUCAUUGCAUUUGGCUGUGCGAGCUGCCCGAAGAUCACCUGUGGGCGAGAGGGCUGUGGGACAGAGUUCUGCUACCACUGUAAACAGCUGUGGCAUCCCAACCAGACAUGUGACACCGCACGGCAACAAAGGGCCCAAACCCUCCGGUUGAGAAGUUUCAGAUCCUCCUCCCUCAGCUACAGCCAAGAGAGUGGAGCCGCAGGUGAUGACAUCAAGCCAUGCCCUCGUUGUGCUGCCUACAUCAUUAAGAUGAAUGAUGGAAGCUGUAAUCACAUGACCUGUGCUGUCUGCGGCUGCGAAUUCUGCUGGCUCUGCAUGAAGGAGAUCUCUGACCUGCACUAUUUAAGUCCGUCAGGCUGCACCUUCUGGGGGAAGAAGCCCUGGAGCAGAAAGAAGAAGAUCCUCUGGCAGCUCGGCACAUUGGUGGGCGCACCCGUCGGUAUCGCCCUCAUAGCCGGCAUUGCUAUCCCUGCAAUGAUCAUUGGCAUCCCGGUCUAUGUGGGUAGAAAGAUCCAUAACCGCUAUGAGGGCAAGGACAUCUCUAAACACAAGAGAAACUUGGUGAUAGCUGGUGGUGUGACACUCUCAGUGAUCGUGUCGCCUGUGGUCGCAGCCGUCACUGUUGGCAUUGGCGUCCCGAUCAUGCUGGCUUACGUUUACGGAGUUGUCCCGAUCUCACUGUGUCGGAGCGGCGGCUGUGGAGUGUCUGCUGGCAAUGGCAAAGGGGUGCGAAUCGAGUUUGACGACGAAAAUGACAACAUAGGUAGCGGGGCAGCAGCCACAGACACGACCUCAGUGGCAGAGACUCGGCUCAACAAUCCCAGCCUCGGAGACGGAGCGAGUGUCGGUGGCCUGACGGGCCUGAGUCUGAGUGUCAGUGGGAGUCACAUGGAGCGCUGCGGCAUGAGCUCCGCUCAGCGGGACAACAUGAGCGACAACGCCAGCACCACGGCCCUCGCCGGGACCAGCAUCACGGGCAGCCUCUCUGGUAGCUGCUAUAACAGAAUGGAAGUGCAGGCUGAUGUCCAGAAGGAGCGCUGCAGUCUGAGCGGGGAGUCGGCCACUGUCAGUCUCGGGACGAUCAGUGACAAUGCAAGCACAAAAGCCAUGGCGGGGUCCAUCCUCAAUGCCUACAUGCCUCUGGAAAGAGACAGUAGUCUGGAAGUUCAGGCAGACGUGGAGUCCAAACAGGAGAAGGUGAGGCACGGCAGCGGCAGCAGCAGCCUGGAUGAAGCCAGCUGUAGCAGCAACACUGCUGGCCUUAAAGGUGCCAGCGGUGGCACAUGCGCAUGCCCCUCCACCUGCUGCUGCGUGCAGCACGACAACCACUACUGCCCGUCGUCACCCUGGUCAAAGGAAGCCUCCACCUCAGGGGGCAAAAAGAGCAGAGGCAAGCUUUGGAAAAGAGCCAGCAGCAGCAGCAAAGGAGACACAAAAAUAAACGAGACACGCGGAGAUAUGGAUGCUCAGCUCCUGGAGCAGCGCAGCACCAACUCCUCUGAGUUUGAUUCACCAUCUCUGAGCGGCAGCCUGCCCUCAGUCGCUGACUCGCACUGUAGCCACUUCUCAUCAGAGCUCAGCUGCUCGGACCCUGAAACUUCAAGACCAGCUCAGCCGCCCUGCUCUGCCCCAGGAGACCCCCACCCUCACCAUCCAGCCACCACCUUCAACGACGUCACCAUCACGCCCAUGCCCGAGGUGGAGAACGACCGCCUGGAGCAUUAUCCACCUCAGAGUAGCCACACAGCCUUCACCCACCACCGCCUGCUAUCGUCAUCUCCACCUGCUUCACCAAAAGAGGGAAGCAGCGGGACCUUUCUAUACAUCAGUGAGGAGAGUGGAGGCGACAUCGCAGACACAGAACCAGAGACAGACGGGAAAAUGAAAGAGAGCAUCAAAAACACUGCCGCACAGCCUGUAAGCCCAACAAGGAACCGCUGUAUACAAACAGAUAUCUAGAGGAACUGUUCUUCUGUUGUUGGCGGUGUCGCCACUGCUAGCUCAGUUAGCCUUAUCACCUGAUUUCACUCUAAAGUGAAACAUCUUGGGAAGCUGGUGGUCAAGUUUAUGGCUCUAAGUUUAAAUCUAAUUAUAUUUUUAUCUGCUGUGGAGGCAGGAGUAUUAUGUGAAUGUCGAUAUAUACAGUUACAGAGAGGAUCGAGGUCUAAGUGAGAGAGAGAGGUGGGAGUAUAACGAGUAAAGUCAGAGCAGAUAAGUGGGUUCUGUUCUUCAGCGAGAUGCGUGUGAGCCAGAAGUUUCAGCCUGUUGUUGAAGUCAGCUGGAGCAGCAAGGCCAAUAGUAGGUGGAGUUGAAUGUCUGUGGGCAGGUCGUAAAGUAAGUUAUCGGGGUGAUCUGCGGAGUCUGACCCCUGAAUGAUGUUCUGAAUCUGAGCUUGAGGCAGAUCUUACCUAUUUUCCUGAUGCUUACACAAAGCAGAGGUGAUGACGCCGGAUAGGAUCAAAGAAGACGUCUGAUAAUCCUUUAAAUAGUGAGUCGAGCUGCUAUUUUAAAGCCUGAACCUAUCCUCCCUUGUGACAUCUGCAAAUAUCUGGUUUGCAUGAAUCAGGGAUCAUCACUGUGGUCCACCACUGUGCCACCACUUCAUCCUGUGACUUCUUCAAACAGCAUGAGAAACACCACAGCUAAAGGAUUGUCGAACCUAAGAGGGACCAGUCUGUGCAGUAGCAAAGUCUAUUUUUCCAUAAUCACCUUUAAGAAAAAUUACUAUUGUCGCUUAUGUUUAAAAUGUGACUCCUGUUUUUUGUUGGUUUGUUUUUGUGCUUUGUCUUUGCCUAUUUUUUAUUUUCCAUUUUGGGAAAGUUGGUUUUAAUGUUGAAGCCCUGUGUUGGGGUCCACACUUUUCAGUAUAAUCGGGUGGGAAUUGUGUUGACAAGUCAAAAUGUAGCCCUUUUUGAAUAUUGUGGAUUUAAAGGUCUGGUGUGUAGGAUUUAGGGGGUAUAUUGGCAGAAAUGGUAUAUAAUAUUCACACCUGUGUUUCCACUGGAUAAUAAUCACCUGAAAAUAAUAAUUUUGUGUUCUUUACCUUAGAAUAAGCCAUUUAUAUCUACCUAGGGAGCGGGCCCUCAACCACAGAGUCAGCCAUGUUGCACCCUCAUGUAGCUACAGUAGCCCAGAACAGACAAACCACACAUGGGAGAAGUUCCAGCUGGUCACAAUCUCACCACUAGAUUCUACUAAAUCCUACACACUGCUCCUUUGCCGUCAUCACAGGCCUGUUCUGCACUGGUAAAAUAAUAGUUUUUUAUGUGGUUGCACCUGUGCAAAUGUAACAAAGUCUUCACUGCAGUCUCUAGUGCGAGAGGUAUAUUAAAGGAAGGGAAUUUUAAGUUAUUCCUUGUAAACGCAACAGAGAAAAGCCCAAUUUUAAAAUUUUGAACUGUAGGCAUUUCGUACAAUUUUACAGGGCUUGCGUUAGUUAUUAUUCACUACAACUGGAAAGUCAACCAAACGAUGUAUCAGCAAUAAGAUAAUUAAGCUUUUGAGUGUUCAACAUGUGUCCAGUCAAAGGAACACAUCAACUUUAUAGCAAAAAAAUAAAAGCUCUGAUAUAGUUGACGGUGCAAUGGGAACUCCUCCUAUGUAUUUGAGCACAUCUGUCAGUGAUUUAAUAUUCAGUUGUGAAUGUAUAAUUAUAAUAGGAUUUUUGUUUUUCCCUGAGUAAUAUCCAAAUCAAAAUAUAAUUUUUGAUUCAGAGCUUUGGGUGUAUUUUAACUACAAUGUGUUUCAAGUUUUCUUAAAUCCUUGCAAAUGAUUAAUGCAAAUAAUUUUAUAUUUUUUGGACCCACAGUGCCUUUUUGGGGAAAAAUCCUUUGUAUAGUGUUUUUUUUUUCUUCUUAUUUCCUUAUUCUGUAUGUCUUCAAAUGAUAAACAUAAAAACCAUGAGAGAACAAAUUAUAUUUGCCUCGUCAAAUGCUUGAAAUGCACGAAACUUGAUAUCAAAUACUCACUCUCCCCUCUGUGCUAAAGCUAACAGUCCCACUAGCUUGUUUAGCCCACCAACAGCCCACAGCUCUCAGUACUUAAAAUCUUAAGACCAAAAUGUUUUUUGAGUCCUUUUAAGGAAUAAUAAUUAGAAAAUGUUUCCCUAAAGUAGCCAAAGUCAGUUCACUUGUGUUGUUAGUCAGCUCCUGUUGGCAAUAAAAACAUUUAUCCAAAGCAAUCAGCAUUUUGAGUAUCAGAUGUUGACCAGCCGAGCUCAGCAGGAGUUGUCUGAGAGAAAAUAGUUCAUCAGAGAAGCUGUGAUGUCAACUAAAAGAGCUUUGGUGCACCUCAAAGGCCUCCAGCUGCAAGAUAUUCCCACCCUCCCUGUUCCUUCUGUUAAAAAGGCCUGUUAAAUUCCUGUGAGUUUUAUAUUAUUAUUUGAAGACGAGUGCCAGGUCUGUUUUCUAACUUGGUCAACAGAAGCUCAUGCUAUUUUAAAAAGUAUAUAUUCCCUAAUUAUUUGCUUUAUAAUGUGCAUGCAAAUGCAUUUCUUUAAACAAUAAAAUUCUCAAUCAAG